CGUUUGAUAACAGUAAUUAUGGAUGAGGCUGUCGAUGAGUAGAAAUGAAUCCAUCCCGAGUGACGUAUAAAAAUGAAAGGCAGGACGGAAUAAAUGCGUCUCCUCUACUCCCGAACGCACUGCUUCCAGUAUAAGCAAAUGCGUGCAUACGCAUACACACACUCGAGCCGACACCGAAUACCGAGACAAGAGGAACCUAGUUCAUUUUCCUACCCGGUGCGGCGGUAGCCCAGCGUUCAUUCCAGUUCGAUCGUUGGCCGGAGCAGUAGCAAAAUUGCUGAGCGGUGCGCGCGCGUGUUUCACUCCACAGCGAUUUGUUCGGAGAGCCUUCGAUGUGAAAAGCCAACGUCCGAAACCUCUAAAGCACUGUGUACUAGUUUUUUUUUAAUAUUGUAUUUAGUGCGUGUAUAUGUGAAUGUACUAAUGUGGGUGUAAAUUUGCAUACGAAUUUCCAACGCUUUUCCGACCACUUCGACUGCGCCUCAGAACCAAGAAGAAAAUCGAAAGGACCAGCUAGGAAGCCACACGAUCUACUUGGACAAACCUUGUUGUCAACUACCGGAAUCAAUCGAACGUGUCGCAGGAUUGAAAGUGACCGUCGCGAUUUAGAACUCACUGCAUCUCGGGACGUACGCGCAGGAUGACGAUCAACACUGACGACCAGUACGGGGAUGGUGAAUCAAAAACAACCCUCAGCUCCAGCCGGCGUGAGAUCUACGAGUGCACAUGGAGGCUAAGCUGUGAAUCGAGAAAUUACGACUUUCCCGUCACCUCAUACCGCUACAGCAGCAGUAGCUACCAGGACCAGAUGGACGAUGCGCUCAACACGACGCUAACGAACGACAAGGCAACAUUGAUACAGGUGUGGAAACCGAAGAGCUACGGUUCGGUUAAGGGUCAGAUACCCCAACAGGAUCGGCUCACCUACACCUGGAAGGAGAUCGACGUAUUCGGCGAAGCACCGUCUGAUGGAAAGUCGCGCGAACCGCUGUGCGCUCGGAUCCGCAACUGCUGCACACGUCAGCGUAAGGAUUUUAACCCUCGCAAACACCUGCUGAAAAAUGUGACGGGAGUGGCCCGGAGUGGUGAGCUCCUUGCGGUGAUGGGUAGUUCCGGUGCCGGUAAGACAACUCUGCUGAACGCACUCGCCUUCCGUUCGCCACCAGGUGUAAAGAUAUCACCGAAUGCCGUACGCGCCCUGAACGGUGUGCCGGUCAAUGCGGAACAGUUGCGGGCUCGUUGUGCCUACGUACAGCAGGACGAUCUGUUCAUACCGUCGCUGACGACGCGUGAACAUCUGGUGUUUCAGGCGCUUCUGCGAAUGGGUCGAGACGUACCAGCGAGCGUGAAGCAGCAUCGCGUGCAGGAGGUACUGCAGGAGCUUUCACUGGUGAAGUGUGCUGAUACAAUCAUCGGUGCACCCGGACGCAUCAAGGGACUUUCGGGUGGAGAACGAAAGCGUCUCGCGUUUGCCUCGGAGACGCUUACCGAUCCACAUCUGCUGCUGUGUGACGAACCCACUUCCGGGCUCGAUUCGUUCAUGGCUCACAGUGUGCUGCAGGUGUUGAAAGGUAUGGCGAUGAAGGGUAAAACCAUCAUACUCACCAUACACCAGCCAUCCUCCGAGUUAUACUGCCUGUUCGACAAGAUAUUGCUGGUUGCGGAGGGUCGUGUAGCUUUUCUCGGUUCACCCUACCAGUCGGCGGAGUUUUUCUCUCAAUUAGGAAUUCCCUGUCCGCCCAACUACAAUCCGGCCGACUUCUAUGUGCAGAUGCUGGCGAUCGCCCCGGCCAAGGAAGCCGAGUGCCGUGACAUGAUCAAGAAGAUCUGUGAUUCGUUCGCGGUCAGCCCUAUUGCGCGUGAAGUACUCGAAACGGCAUCCGUUGUAGGUAAGGGGAUGGAUGAACCGUACAUGCUGCAACCGAUGGAAGGAGUUGGUAGCACCGGAUAUCGUUCCAGCUGGUGGACACAGUUCUAUUGCAUUCUUUGGCGUUCGUGGCUGAGUGUUCUGAAGGAUCCGAUGUUGGUGAAAGUGCGCCUAUUGCAAACAGCAAUGGUGGCGACACUGAUCGGUUCCAUCUACUUCGGACAGGUGCUUGACCAGGACGGUGUGAUGAAUAUCAAUGGUUCGCUGUUUCUGUUCCUCACUAACAUGACCUUCCAGAAUGUGUUCGCCGUAAUUAAUGUGUUCUCUGCCGAGCUGCCCGUGUUUUUGCGCGAAAAACGUUCCCGGCUGUACCGCGUCGACACAUACUUCCUUGGGAAAACAAUCGCUGAGCUGCCACUGUUCAUUGCGGUACCGUUCGUCUUCACCUCCAUAACGUACCCGAUGAUAGGACUGCGAGCCGGUGCGACCCACUACUUCAUUACGCUCUUCAUCGUGACACUCGUCGCGAAUGUGUCCACCUCGUUCGGGUACCUGAUUUCCUGCGCCAGCUCUUCCAUUUCGAUGGCACUGUCAGUGGGACCGCCGGUAGUCAUCCCGUUCCUAAUCUUCGGUGGCUUCUUUCUUAACUCGGCCUCGGUGCCCGCAUACUUCAAAUAUCUGUCCUAUCUGUCAUGGUUCCGGUAUGCGAACGAAGCGCUCCUGAUCAACCAGUGGAGCACGGUGGCCGAUGGUGAAAUAGCCUGCACACGUGCGAAUGUCACCUGUCCACGAUCGGGAGAAAUCAUUCUAGAAACGUUCAACUUCCGCGUGGAAGACUUUACGCUGGACAUUGCCUGUCUGUUUGCGUUGAUUGUGCUCUUCCGGCUUGGUGCUCUGCUAUGUUUAUGGUUGCGUUCGCGCAGCAAAGAGUAAAAUGAGAAUGUUCUUUAUCGUUUAUGGCCGUUUUGUUUUUUUUCUUGUUUUUUAAGUUACUCUGCUAGCCAUUUUCCCCAUGUGCCAGGGCUGAUGGCGUCCUAUUUUGUAUUUGAGACGAGUUUCUUUUUUUGUUAGUUUUGUCUUCAUUAAAUAUGUUUUCUCUUGUUUGUUCUACGGUUAAGCAACUUUACGUAAAUGCGUAGGACAGACCUAGACUGCUAUGUAUGGCGUCUUUCAAGCGUGGCAUCUACCCGCAACAAAUGUACGGCGUUAAAGCCAGAAAGUAUAUAUAUACACACAUUCAUAUGCACAUACAUAGUGAAUUGCAAGUUGUCUAGUUACCGAACCAGAUUAGCCGUUUGUGUCAAGUAUUUUCUAUUCUCUUUCUCUUUUUCGACAAGGCGGAAGAAGUUUUCUCCAUCUGAAUUUGCGAUCCGGAAAAGGUUUUGAGCCUGUUAUCGUCUGUCUACCCGCCGACUACGGUGUCGUAUUGUUUUAUUAAUGUAGAAAUAUUAUGGCAAGUGACGAGCAAUCUAUAAGAAUAGUAAUAAUAAUAAUAAAAAUAAAAAUGAUGAUGAUAAUCAAUAACAUUAAUAUAAAAAUGGAUAAAAUGGACUCGCACUUUUUCUCCAAAUUAACCGAAUUAUCAAUAAGUGUUCUGUU